GAUGGUAGAAUACCAUGACUACGAUGUAAAUUCAUGCAAACAUGUUUGCCAGUUUAUGGAUGAAUGCAAGUCAUUUAUUGAAUAUGAAGAUUCAAGGAAAUGUUUUAUAAAAGAUAAAACUAAAAGUCAAGUUUCAAAUUUUCAGGCUGAAGCAGGAAAAAAUUAUUUUGAAAAGGAAUUGUCUUGCAAUAUUCCAAAAGUGUACGAAUUUAAAUAUGAGUUUAAGAAUAAUAUGAAAAGUCAAUUGCCCGUUUUCCUAGGUUUAAGACCUGUAGGUUCCAUUCAAGUCAAUAUAACCUACUGUGAAAUACUUUGCAACAGUAUACCACAUUGUGUGUUAGUAAACUAG